AUGUUUUCCAAUACUCCAACACCUGUUGUAAUCAGAAGAGACAGCACCGUGAUCGCAGUAAGCGGAGGUCGACAUAGCAAUGGUGCUGUCAAAUGGGCUGUGGAACACCUCCUAAAGAAGAACUCCUCAUGCAUCCUUCUUCAUGUUCGAACUAGGACCAUGCUUAACCCUGAUAAUAAUAAUAAUAAUAAUAAUAAUACUAAUGAUCCACCCAAAGGAGCUCGUCCACCAACUGAAGAAGAGUUGCACCAAUUCUUUCUUCCCUUUAGAGGAUUUUGUGCCAGAAAAGGGAUAUCAACAAAGGAAUUGGUCUUGCACGACCUUGAUGUUACAAGUGCACUCAUUGCUUUCGUUGAUGACAAUUGUAUCAGCACCCUAGUUGUUGGUGCUGCUACUUCUUCCUGGGGUUCUAUUCUAAGGAGAUUUAAUAAAGAUGAUGUGUCAGCCAGUUUAGCAAAAUCCUUACCAGAUACAUGCAGUUUAUAUGUUAUAUCAAAAGGAAAAGUACAACAUAUUCGACCUUCAGGUCCUAUAAAAGAUAUAGUCAACUUUUUAGAAAGUGAUCCAUUGGAGCAGCCACACAGAGAUCUCAACAUUAACCAAAUAGCUUUUGAAGAUAUAGAGAGGAAACUAAUCAAAGAUGCAGUAAAACAACAAUCUAAUAAUAAACUUUGGGACUAUUUACGUGAAGAAACAAAUUCACCAAAAGGUCCAAUCGAGUACCCUCCAUCACAAAAUUCUUCUGCAAAUAAUACUCCUGGAAAUAGUGACAGCACGGGGCAAUCACUUGGUCCUUCUUUGACAAAUAGGUUAAAUGAAAACCCAAAAAUUGUUCUAAACGCACACCAUUCUAGGACCAAUUCACACCAUUCUAUUAGGAACGUUUCACACCAUUCUAGGACAAAUUCACACCAUUAUGGGAACAAUUCUUCUAUAAAAGAUCAAGUAAACUUUGAUAUACAGAUGAGGAAAUUGAAAUUAGAACUACAAAAAACUGCAGAGAUGUAUGGUAUGGCUUGCAAAGAAGCUGUUUUAGCUACACAAAAGGCAAUGGAGAUUGAAAAGUAUAGACAAGAGAAAGAACGCGAUAUGGAGGAAGCAAAGCUUGCUCAAUCCAAAAUGACUAUGGAGACAACAGAAAUGUCAAAACACCUGGUAAAAAUGGAUUCUCAGAAGAGAAAGGAAGUUGAAUUGAAAGCCAAAAAUGAGGAAGAAGAGACGAUUAAAGCAUUGCAGGAAGCUCUAUAUAACAAUGUUCCCUACAGAAGAUAUACAAUUGAAGAUAUUGAUGCUGCAACAAAUAAAUUCGAUAAUGCUUUAAAAAUUGGCGAAGGUGGAUAUGGUCCUGUCUUUAAAGGACUUCUUGAUCACACCACUGUUGCUAUUAAAGCCGUGAGACCAGAUUUAGCCUAUGCAGAAAAACAAUUUCAACAGGAGGUCAUGGUUUUAAGCACCAUAAGACAUCCAAACAUGGUGCUUCUCUUAGGAGCAUGUCCAGAAUUUGGUUGUCUUGUGUACGAGUAUAUGGUAAAUGGAAGCUUAGAAGAUCGUCUGCUUAAAAGAGAUAACAGUCCUCCAAUCCCAUGGAAAACGCGUUUCAAAAUAGCAGCUGAGAUUGCCACAGGCCUUCUUUUUCUUCAUCAGACAAAGCCAGAACCCCUGGUGCAUCGUGACUUGAAACCAGCAAACAUUCUUUUAGACAAGAACUAUGUGAGCAAGAUCAGUGAUGUUGGUUUGGCACGACUAGUUCCUCCUUCAGUGGCUGAUCAAACCACACAAUAUCGUUUAACUGGUGCAGCUGGAACAUUUUGUUAUAUCGAUCCUGAGUAUCAACAAACAGGAUUGUUGGGUGUGAAAUCAGACGUAUAUUCAUUAGGAGUGGUGUUGCUACAAAUCAUUACAGGAAAAUCUCCAAUGGGGUUGUCACACUUGGUUGAGAAGGCUCUUCUGUCAAAUACUUUGAGUGAGGUGCUUGAUCCAAGUGUUACAGACUGGCCAAUAGAAGCGACUUCAUCAUUCGCUAAGUUGGCCUUAAAGUGCUGCGAGUUGAGAAAACGUGAUAGACCAGACCUUGGUACUGUUGUCUUGCCGGAGUUAAAUAGAAUAUCGAGGUUGUGGGACGAUGAACACAUAUAUCCCCUCAGAAAUUAUCACAUGGCUUGA